UGGCCCAAAAUCGACUUCUCUUUUCUAUUCAUAGUGCCUGCCACUCAGCUCCGUCGCCGGCGCCGCCUUUCCCUCCGACUCCGGUCAUCUCAUCUCUAUCUUUCAAUCUAUCGCGAUAGGGUUUCGGGCUGCCUGCCCUCUUUAUCGCGAUAGGUAAAUUAAAUAUAUAGUGGAAUAUCAUGAUGAAAUCAUGUUCUUACUGAUUCAAUCAACUGCACAAGAGCAUAACUGAUUUGGGUUGAGCUAAUAAUGCGAAAAUGCUACCAAAAUACCAUGAGCGUCUUAGUAGAUAAUUCUGUUCCAGAACUAAUCAAACUCAAUUGCUCUCUGAAGAACCUUGUCCAUGCCCACAGAUUCUCAGACGCCCUCCGUCUCUUCCUACAAAUCCACUCACUCCGCCACCUCAAACCCGACCACUACACUCUUUCAACAGCCCUCACUGCGUGUGCCAACUCCCGCGAAAUCAGAGUGGGUGCCCAACUCCACAAUCUCUGCGUCAAAUCCGGCCUUCAAAGCUUCUCUCACGUUGCGAAUACCCUGCUCUCGUUGUAUGCGAAGUUGCGGGACUUGGUAUCGGUAAAAAGGGUCUAUACUGAUAUAAGCGAGCCCGAUGUAUACUCGCAUACGACACUGUUGUCAGCUUGCACGAAGCUCGGCGAAGUUGAUUAUGCUCGUAUGGUGUUCGACAAAAUGCCUGAAAGAAGUGUGGAAGUCUGGAAUGCGAUGAUCACGGGCUGCGCUGAGAAUGGACUUGAUGGGCUUGCGUUCGAUUUCUUCCGGAGAAUGCGUAUGCUUGAUGUGAAAACGGAUAACUAUGCGUUUGCCAGUGUUGUCAGCUUAUGUACAGUUGGGCAGCUUAAGUUUGGGAGGCAACUUCAUUGCUUGGUUUUGAAGAACGGAUUUUUGAGGAGGGCGUCCGUCGGUAAUUCUUUGGUCACUAUGUAUUUCAAAUGUGAAAGUGCUGGAGAUGCUUGUGAAACAUUUGAGGAAAUCGGGAGAGAAGUUGGUGACGAGAUAGCAUAUAACGCAGUUAUAGCGGGAUUGGUCAGUAUGGAAAGAGAUGAAGAAGCUCUGUUGAUGUUCAGAGAUAUGCAAACUGUUGGUCUGAAACCAACUGAAUUGACUUUUGUGAGUGUAAUGGGAGCUUGUUUCAAUUCCGAUAUUGUUACUCAAGUACAUGGCCAAGCUAUCAAGAUGUGUUUUGGGGACUCUACUAAAGUUAAUAAUGCAGCAAUAAGCAUGUAUUCUAAUUGCGGAGAAUUAGCUGCAGCUUGUUUGGUUUUCAGAGCGUUGGAAGUGAAGGAUGUCGUCUCGUGGAAUGCCAUUAUAGCAAGCUAUGCUCAAGAGAGCCUGAGCGGAGAUGCUAUCUCCACCUACCUUCAGAUGCAAAGGAAUUGCGUUGAGCCAGAUGAAUUCACUAUUGGGAGCUUGCUAGCAAACUUAGAUUCGAUAGAGGUAGUUGAGAUGAUACAAGCAGUUCUAGUGAAAAGGGCGAUCAUUCACAGAGUUGAAGUUGCAAACGCAUUGCUUUCAGCGUUAUCUAGGAACAGUGCGAUAGAGAAGGCCCACGAAAUCUUCUGUCAAAUGCACUCAAGAAAUGUAAUAUCUUGGAAUGCAAUGAUAUCUGGAUUUCUAUUAAAUGGAUUACCAGAGGAAGGGCUGCAACAAUUUGCAGAAUUACUAGAAUUAGGUCUAAAACCAAAUCAUUACACUUUGAGCCUUGUUUUAAGCAUUUGCUCCAGCAUAUCAGAUCUUCUUCACGGGAAAGAAGUUCAUGCAUACUUACUGAAAUUGGGUUUUUUCUUUCACACCUUGCUUGGUAAUGCCCUUAUUGCUCUGUACUCCAAGUGUGGGGCUUUAAACUGGUCAUUGAAAGUGUUCCACAGUAUGACCAAUAGAGAUGUUGUUUCUUGGAACUCAAUGAUCUCCGCCCAUGCACUGCACGGAGAAGGCAAGGAGGCCAUCAAGUGGUUUGAGGCUAUGCAGUGUUCGAGUACAGUGAGGCCGGAUAAGGCAACUUUCACUGCAGUCCUGUCGGCUUGCAGCCAUGCAGGUUUAGUUGCUGAUGGUAUUAGGAUCUUCAAUUUGAUGGUGAAGGGUUAUGGCAUUGAUCCAGAAAUGCACCACUUUUCUUGCGUGGUCGAUCUAUUAGGGCGAGCCGGGUUUCUUGAUGUAGCGGAGAGGUUGAUCAAGGAUAGUGGCAGUGAUAUCGACCCAAGUGUUUGGUGGACUUUGUUGAGUUCUUGUGCAGCCUACGGCCAUCUGCAUUUGGGAAAUAUAGUUGCAAAGUUUCUUCUUGAAACAGGGUAUGAUGAUGAUCCUUCGCUUUACAUUCUGCUGUCAAAUCUUCAUGCUAAUGCUGGGAAAUGGGAAGAGGCAGCUAGUUUUAGGGAAGUGAUGAAGAAAUAUGGUGUGAUGAAGCAACCUGGAAGAAGUUGGAUCUCCCCAUGAUAAGAAGGGCAAACAAGGACAGAGCCAACUGCAGUUGUUCAACUAUGUAUUUCUUGUGAUUAGUGGCAUACACGACCAUGGAGACAAAUAACAAUAGUAGGUUGCAUGAUGGUGUUAGUGUUGCAAGUGGGAAUUACCUUGCAGCUAAGAUUAGAAGACGUCUUCUUUGGUUUUGCAUCUCGUUCAAUAACAUGUUAUCCCUCCAACAAGUUAUUCAUCUUGAUCAUUGCUAUGCUGAGAUUUGUUAUCCUAGCUCUGCAGAGAAGCGGAGUAGUAGAAGGAAUUGAUUGUGCAUCAACUGAUGAAGUCAAAAAAGUGGUGAUGUUUCUCGUACGAGGAGAGGCUAGAUCUAGAUUCCAUAAUACUUUUAAGCAAUCUGAGCAGUGGGGCUAUUCAAGUUCUGGACAAGUAUCAAACUGCAAGUGUUCUAAAUGGUUUUUGGUAAAGCAUCAGUAUAGAAUUGCUCCACAGUCGAUAUCAUUGGAUGAAGGGGAAGACCCAACCUCGUCAUACGCAGAUGGAGCAAAGGACUAUGCAGAAAGGCUAUGAACUGGUAUCAUCAUUCUUACGAAGGCCCAGAUUAAUUUUCACUGAGCUAGAGAUGAUGAGGAGCAUUACUGUGGAAGAAGCUGGACGAGCAGUUGCAGACGCAGAAGCUGCAAUUGCAGCAGCUGAGAUGGCAGCAGACGAGGCGGAAGUUGCAGCUGAAGCGGCACAAUGUUUUGUUCAGAAGGCUCUUACAUGUGUUUCUAGAGCUCGAUUCUUGUAAGUUAAUUUAGACCAUACUUCACUUAUGAUUUCAUCUGACUAGUGAAGUUUAGUCAUACAAUAAGUGGCAAUUUUCUUUAAUUGUACGCAUAUUUUAUGUUUAAUAACUACUAGCAUAGAUAAUACUGAUA